CUCACUCGCUGGUUGGCUGUACGCGACGCAGAACCCCGGAAGACUUUACUUCGCCCGAUUUGUACAAGGGUCGCCACUAGUUACCACAGACACAAAGUCACACAAAAACGCCGCCUAUUUCGUCAAUUUCUCUGAAUUAAAAUUGUAUUUUAAACCUUAACCAUAAUGCUAACCUUAUACCUAACCCUAAAUUAAGAGCAAACAUCUCAUUGUUGUAUGAAUUUAUACAAUAGAGCCAAUUUGACUUUGUGACUGUGGCAUCUAGUGGAAACUCAGCAUAAAAUGCAACAUUACUGAGCUCUCAUUUGUAACUAAAGGGUGUAAGUACAGCAACUAUCGACAAGCGACCCCUUCCACAACCCCAAAUAUCUUCAAAGCGACAAUAUUUCAGUGAUAAAAUUGACAUCGCAUCAGUAACAAGGAGGACAUCUGAUUAUACAGAUAACGGAAGUGAGUUUUUUGCGAAUUGGAUUUUAUCCGUGAGAUCGGGUAGUUGUCUCCGCAGUGAUGUUUCAGAUCAACAGAAUUUGCUGUAUAGGAGCAGGUUAUGUGGGAGGACCAACCUGCAGUGUCAUCGCCCACAUGUGUCCAGAGAUCCACGUGACAGUGGUCGACGUCAACGAAUCACGGAUCAACGCCUGGAACUCCGACACACUGCCCAUCUACGAGCCAGGGUUGAAGGAGGUAGUGGAGUCAUGCCGAGGGAAGAAUCUCUUCUUCUCAACAGAUAUAGAUUCUGCCAUCAGAGAUGCUGACCUCGUCUUCAUAUCAGUGAACACCCCCACAAAGACCUAUGGGAUGGGGAAGGGGCGUGCAGCCGACCUAAAGUACAUUGAGGCCUGUGCUCGCCGCAUCGUAGAGGUUUCCAACGGUUACAAGAUCGUCACGGAGAAGAGCACGGUUCCUGUCCGAGCGGCUGAGAGCAUCAGACGGAUAUUUGACUCCAACACCAAACCCAACCUCAACCUGCAGGUGCUGUCCAACCCAGAGUUCCUGGCUGAGGGUACGGCGGUGCGUGACCUGAAGGAGCCAGACCGCGUCCUGAUUGGUGGAGACGAGACGGCGGAGGGUCAGAGGGCGAUCAGGGCUCUGUGUGACGUUUACGAACGCUGGGUCCCCAAGGCCCGCAUCAUCACCACCAACACCUGGUCCUCAGAACUCUCCAAACUGGCUGCCAAUGCGUUCCUAGCCCAGCGUAUCAGCAGUAUCAACAGUAUCAGUGCUCUGUGUGAGUCAACGGGGGCUGACGUAGAGGAGGUGGCUCUAGCCAUCGGCAUGGACCAGAGGAUAGGCAGCAAGUUCCUGAAGGCCAGCGUGGGGUUUGGUGGUGUGUGUGUGUGUGUGUGUGUGUCUCACAGGGAGUCUUCUAGUAUCUAUAUAUCUAAGUACCUGAUGGACGAGGGAGCCAAGCUCCACAUCUACGACCCCAAAGUCCUGAAGGAACAGAUCAUUCUGGACCUCUCUCAACCGCACAUCUCUGAAGACCCUCUCAGAGUGUCUGAGCUGGUCACCGUGUCAGUGGAUCCCUACCAGGCCUGUCAGGGGGCUCACGCUCUGGUCGUCUGCACCGAGUGGGACAUGUUCAAGGAUCUGGACUAUGAGAUGAUCUAUGACCACAUGUUGAAACCAGCGUUUCUGUUUGACGGCCGUCGCCUGUUGGACCAGCUCCACCCUCGUCUGCAGAACAUUGGCUUCCAGAUCGAAACCAUCGGUAAGAAGGUGACGACAUCUCGUAUCCCCUACACACCCACGGCCGGAGUCCCUCGUAUCAGCAUCAACCCUGAACCCCCGACCAAGAAGACCAAAGUCUGACUCACACCCCUCAGCAUCGACCCUGAACCCCCGACCAAGAAGACCAAAGUCUGACUCACACCCCUCAGCAUCAACCCUGAACCCCCGACCAAGAAGACCAAAGUCUGACUCACACCCCUCAGCAUCAACCCUGAACCCCCGACCAAGAAGACCAACACCCCUCAACAUCAACCCUGAACCCCCGACCAAGAAGACCAACACCCCUCAGCAUCAACCCUGAACCCCCGACCAAGAAGACCAACACCCCUCAGCAUCAACUCUGAACCCCCGACCAAGAA